CUUUUCCGCAUCACUGUGCCGGUAAUCUACUCAUGACAGCACGCAUCACUUGCAGACAGCCUUGUUCGUGUGCACGCGCAUUUUCCAUUGUUUCCCAUUGUGCGCGUGAUGCUUUUGCAGAGUGACACACCACGACACAGGUCUGCAGACUAACAGUGUCGGCUUUGUUUUGCACAAUCAUCUCCUUCCAAUUUGUUUGGAAAGGCACGGUGGCUUUUGUCAUGUGAUGUCACUCUCCGUCCACCGCAUUUCUCUAAAACUAGUCCAGCUCAUCCUGCAGCAGGUGGUCUAACAUGCGAAUCAUCUCGCCUGUAAUUGAGAGUAAACAGCUACUGAAGCAUCUCUGAGGGGAUUUGAGAGAAUCUUCUGGACUGUGUGUGGUUUGCAAUGCUCGGCAGGUCUCAUCACCUUAUUGGAGGUAUCUUAUGGAUCCAGAAUCCCAUGAGAGCUGUUCACUGCAACUUGAGCCAGAAUGGCAUCGACCACCAGAUGUACCCAGAAGACGUUGAAUCGCAGCUGGAUGAGGAGGAGGAAUCGGUCGACGGCCCAACGGUGCUGCUGGAUGACGACAGCCCGAGCUACCAUGACAUAAGCCCUUCCAUCUUUCAGCGCCGGUUGCCACCACAUCGCUCAGUAUCCGAGUCUGAGCUCACACGGCCCGGUUAUGUGAAACUAUCCAAACCAGUGGCCCUGUGGACCCAACAGGACGUUUGCAAAUGGCUGAAGAAACACUGUCCCAAUCAACAUCAGAUCUAUAGUGACUCCUUCAAACAACACGAUAUCACAGGGCGGGCUCUGAUGAGAUUGACAGAUCGAAAGCUGGAGAGAAUGGGCAUCAUCCAGGAAGCAGAAAGGCAAAAUAUCCUGCAGCAGGUCCUGCAACUCCGCGUCCGGGAGGAAGUUAGGACCCUUCAACUUCUAACACAAGGAUCCCUGGAAUGCGCCCCACUUUCACCAUAAGCCAACGGUGCACUCAGAGGUACGCAAACGACUUGGCAAGCCUAAAAGCAGACGACCUGUGUGAUCAUCGGACCUCUUCUUGGACUUUGCACAGCGCUCUGUGUCAAUUUAUCCAUGAGAAGAUUAGGAACUCAUACAUUCUUCCCAGCCACUCCUGAAAAUCCUCCCCACAAGUUCCAACCCGAUCUUUCCUCGUAAACCAAACAAUGGCGGCAUUCUGGAGUCUGACCAAUAGUUUCCAUCACAAAUAUAUCAGUCAUUUUCGGCAAUACGCUACUUUACGGAUUGUGUGUGGCUGUAAUUCAUCCCAAAAGGCUAUUUUACAGUAACACCUUAAAGCCACUACUUGAAAGUGUCACUCAAACUUCACAGUAGCACUUGAAGCUUUAUGUUCCCUCAUGGGAAGGCUGGUCCUAAUCCAACUUAGCGCUUUGGGGAUGUGGCAAGGCAAUUACUGUUCAUAAAUCCUCCAUUCUUCCUCUAAUUAUAGCCUAAUAAGCGCAACAGGGACUUUACACAAGCUCAUCCAUGUGCGGACCGAUGUCCAUCUUGCAGUAUUUAUAAUAUAAAAAAAAAAAAAAUCAGAACAAUGUGCCCAGAAAAGAUUUGAACAAAUUCAUCAAAACAAAAAAAUAAUCAAAGCACAAAACAAGUCCGUUUGAAAAUUGAUCACGCUGGACCAUGAGAAGGAAAAUCCCCGAGGUGUCCCCAAAAUCCCCCGCCCCGAGUCGCGAAACAACUUUCAGCGACUAACGCCAAGUUACGACAGAAGCUGAACCGAGGGAUGCUCUGACUUGCAAUCUUAACGAAGAGCGAGAAAGACAAAAGACAUCACCCACUUCCUUUUUCCUCUUGACACAUCUCUGUAUGGCUCUGCUUUAUUUAUUGUUUUGUCAGCUUCUCCCAAAAACUAUUUUUAGGUGCGCUAUAUUGAAAAUAGCAACGGAUGGGAAAAACAAGCUCUGACAGCUGCGUCUGUCAUUGAAAUGUCUCUGUUGUCAUGUUUCUAUAGCGAAAUUAUCGGUAAUGUGGACGUGAACGACGGCCGCUCACUGUUAAAUUAUAGUCUAUCUUGUUUACUAACCCGGAAAAGCACACGUCUGUCCGUCUGUGUGUCUUGUGUGUGCGUGACUGUACAUUCAUUAUCCGUAGCAAGCAAUGUAACAAGUUCUAAAUAGCAAUCACAAAUAUUGAUGUUUAUAUUCUAAUCAUAAUAAUAGCAAUGACAGCUAACCAAGCCGCCUGUGUCAACAUUUCAAAAGUGUCAAUGGAAUGUUAAAAGUGGAGGGAAAUUGCUGGCCGUGAGAGCAAUUGAAAUAUUCCAUUUGUGGACAGGUUGGUCUGUGUGCGUGCGGUCAUUCAUUGUCGGGAUAUAGCAGCUGCAGACUAACACGGCAAAGACUUGCUAGAUGAUUGAACAGUAUUGAUCGGGCCUCCGCUAGGAUUACAAAAUCCUCAAGGUAUGUGUACGUACGUGUUUCUGGAUGGAUUACAAAGCGUUUGUCACUUUUUAGAAUUUCAUGCAAAUGGGCUGAGUAGGACAUCUUUUUUUUUUCUAUUUCAUGAUUUGACAGAGAUGUCAUUUUUUUUAUGAAAAGAAAAUUGUAUUGGGGAUUUUUGACGCCAAAUUGAACCUCAAUGGUUGUACCUGUUUCAAAAAAACAAAGCUCAACUCAAUUCUAUGUCGGCAACAAGAUCCUAUCUUUCACCCGAAAACAUGCAAAAUGUUUUAUCUCAGUUGAUCCAUGCAUGGCAUGACGUCGCCGGUCCAUCCGCCACGCUCAACCGGUCCAACUGAAAUCUUACCACCCUGACAGUGCAUGUUGUAUGAACUAUGUUGAAGAUGCCUGAGCAUACUAUCACUGUCUCUAUAAUAAAAGAAAACUUAUAAGAUCAAAAUGAUCUCUGACAGGAAUGUAGAUCAAUAUGAUCGCUCAGACAGGUGCAUUUGAACAAAUCAGUGUUAUGAAAUGAUUGACUGCUCUGUCUUGAAUUUAAAAUUCCAGAUACGGGAAAAAAAAA